CGUGAGACGUGAGACAGACCGCAGUGAGAGCGAUUGAGGGAGUAACUCCUCUCCAUCGCAGCUCAGUCAGUGUUGGGACUGUCAACAGUAGAGACCUUGUGGACGUUCCUCGCCACAACGCUCACGAUAACACAAAGGAUCCGAGAGUCCCACCUGUACUCAGCUGAUUGCACACCUGUUAAAAUGACGACCAUGGAUGAAUACUUUGACAGAAUCACAGAAGCAUCACUUGACAACAACUCCGAGUUCAUCACGGUGUUCAGCCAAAAGGACUGGCAACUAGAGCUCCACGAACCAAACUACGCGCCAGUUACCCAGAUGAUGUCGACAUUAUCAAUCGACAGAAACCUGACGCGUCCGUCACAGGCUCCCGAUAUCCCCACCACCACUUUCAACCUGGUUAGUUCUUCCACCCACAGCUACACAGCCCAAACACCGCAACGCCAUGGGAACAACAUCUUCCAGGACCAAACACAGCAAGGACAUUGGAACAGCUACCAGGCCCAAACACAGCAAGGCCACGGGAACAAUAUCUACCAGGACCAAACACAGCAAGGUCAUUGGAACGACAUGAACCAGCAACAGCAAAUGACUCGCCAAGAACCUGGAAUGACAAUGAACCCCGCUGCCCAUCUUGAACCUGAGGGCUCUCGACAAGGUCGUGGUCACCGACGCCCUCGAGGUGACCGUUUGGACCUGGUAGCCAGGGAUGAUGAUCAUUGCUGGGUGUCGCGGAAGUAGCCUAGCUGUAAUCGUAUCAAAUCUUCUGCUAGAUAGAAUGUGUUUGUAAGUAACAUCUUUUAAAAUCAAAGCCGGUUCUCACGAGCAGUGGCUCUCCUGAGGUGGGGGGGGGGGCAGAUAAUUAUUUUACCAAUUUAUGAACGAAAAGGCCACUGUGUUUCCAGGAUCUUAAUAUGUUUGUUAUUAUAGUUAACCUUCUGACAAAACAAGUGAUUUAGAAUAUAACAAAACACUCCCUGCCCCCUGAAGCGAAUGACUACCAAUACAGAAGGAUCACUUGCAGGAAUCCUUUUACACGAUCAACCAAAUACUAUGAGUUUUGUUUCCCAGACAGUGGCUCAUUAGUUCAUCAGAUUAGAGAAGGAAAAUAAUAGAAUAAUGGACUAGGUAGGAGAUCCCCACAACACUGAAUGACCCCUAUACAUAUGUGGCCAAUGUGUAGAUGGGCUUGUUUGUACUGUACCACUUAUGAAGGUACGGUACGGUGCAUGGACAGUAACAUCAAUGAUGGUACACAAACUAGGGAUAAUUUCUUACUGAUAACUUCGAUGUACUAUACUGUUUUGUGGGGAAACUUCUGACUGGCUAGUGAUAAUCGUGUUGAAUUAGAUCAUUAUAAUACAUAGAGAUAAAUAACCUCUAGAAAACUUAACCUAACCAACUUCCAAGUAUAAUGUCGUGUCGUACGGUGAUAAACGAAACGGCAAAAUGUGUGAUAUGAGGUAAUUUUUCACGAAGUUUUUCUAAAAAAUAAGAAAGUCAUUCCUUUUCGCAAAUACAUUCAUUGUUUUGUUGACUUGCGAUUAUCUCUCUCUACCGAAACAGAAACACACACACACACACAAUAUAUAUAUAUAUAUAUAUAUAUAUAUAUAUAUAUAUAUAUAUAUAUAUAUAUAUAUAUAUAUAUAUAUAUAUAUAUAAGUUGGUCAGUUUUAGCUCUUAAGAACUUUAUUGUUUUAACGAGUGCAUUAGUAAUGAUACCUGUGCCUUGUGCUCACUAUAAGGAAUAGAGUUAAAUGCCACAAGAGAUUAUAAUUUAUACCAAUAUUGUCGUGAUGUUUAGGAUAGCUGUACUGACGAUAUAUCUAUAAUUUCAUAGCAAAAAAACUUUUCUUAUAUUACGUUAAGAUGGCAAAGAACAUCUUAGAGUUAAAUACAAAUCAAUUUAACCAUGGAUGCAGUAAUCUCCAUGUAUAUAUUUACAGUACAAAAUAUGUAAACGCCGCGCCGCCAAAUGAAGCUUCAUUAGUUUAUUCUUCCUAAAACUGAUUAAAAAAAAGUUUGUUUUCACUUGAUUUAUUAUAAGUUUUUUCUUUUGCAUGUUUUGUAGUGUGUGUUUUGUGAUAAGUAGUUAACAGUGACACACUAUAUAUAUGUAAGUCAGUGUUGUUGGUUACUGAGCUGAACUAAUGCUGUGUGAUAAAUAUGUGAAUCUUCUACUCCUCUCUCUCUUACCCUGUUGCUUUAUACUCGAUAUUGCUCUCUGGUUAUUGAUCCGUCAUUGUCUUCCUCUGUUCCCCUUAUCUUUAUCUAGGUCUCUCCUUUGUGUGUACCAUUUCCUACUUUCUCUCUCUUUCUGUGUCUGUCUCUAUCUCCUAUCUCUUUCCAUGUUCUUAUCUGUUCUUAUCGUUCCUCUUGCAUUAUCUUCGACCAUCUCGUUCCUGUGAGAUAAUUUCCACUUAAAGAGAAAUAUUUAAAGAUGUGAUAUAUUACAUGUAAUUAUAUAAUUUGAAGUGAAUAUUAAUAAUAAAAAUACAUAUAUCAAU